UUGCCGUUCACCAGAAGUCGACUACAACCUGAAAUGUAUUCAACUGGCUGUAAAGUGCCCGCGGUUCAUAGGUCGUGAAAUGCAAUUGCGAGGCGUUGCAGCUAGGGAGAAAUACUGCUUGCAGCUUCAGCAGACGCUGGCAAUAUAAGGGCCAUUUGGAAUCAGUCGAGCUGUACAAUCUGGCAGGAUAUGUUGGGAGGCAGCAGAACCUUGUGUGGGUGUAGGCGUUAGGACCCACUAUCUGGGAGGAUUUGCUGAGGCCUGUGCCCGUUAAGGAGGGGAAUUGGACUCGAAUUUCACUCCUUCAGCCAUUUAUAUCUCCGCAAGUCUUCAGAGCGAGAGAGAGAGAGAGAAAAUAAAGUGAACAGAGCGGCGUGCGUUGGAGAUAGCUGGUUGUCCGAUACAAUGGUCGUUCUUGAAGGGUACUGUGAAGGCAAUGCAUCCUUGUCAGAAGUAUGGAUACAACAAGGACUUUUCCCAUGUUUUUAUUUCACCCUAGUUUCAGCAGUACUCUUAAGCAUCGCCUUCCUCUUUGGCGCGUUGCAAUGUGCUUGUUACAACAUGUACGGAACUACAAUGGAGCCAAAGUAUGUACCUCGCUCUCGUCUCUUCCUCGUGCAAUUGUUCCUAUCAGUGGUCCUACUACUGCAGUUUGGAAUCUAUAUCCUUUGGCAAUCCUUUGGUUUAGGCAUGCUGUAUGGAUACACAAUCGUCUACUCAUGCCUAUCUGUGAUUGGGUGGGCAUGUACUAUCGUUCUGCUGCGUUUAGAACGCACAAGGGUGUUGGUGCAGGACAGAACACGUGGUCACAGUGCUAUUUUGCUACUCUUCUGGGCUCUGGCUUUUGCAGCUGAGAAUCUGGCAUUCAUAUCUUGGAGAAGUCCGUUGUGGUGGUGGUCACUGGACAGCACUGAUCACAAGGUACACUUUGGUCUGUGGAUGGUGCGAUACAUCUGUACAUUUCUGCUCUUUGUCCUUGGACUGAAGGCACCAGGUUUGCCUCGAAGGCCUUAUAUGAUCAUGAUUAAUGAAGAUGAACGAGAUGUUGAAUACAGCCAGCCUCUCUUGAAUCGGAACGGCAGCAGUCAAUCAACAUGGAAAGACUUCUGUAAGAAGGUGCAGUUGCUUGUGCCCUACAUGUGGCCUAAAGGGAGUUUCUCUCUGCAGGCCCUGGUCCUGUUCUGCCUGGGCCUCCUUGCGAUCGAACGAGUCAUCAAUGUUUUUGUGCCAAUCUACUACAGAAACAUCGUAAAUGAGCUGAGUGGAGGAGCCUCCUGGAAGACACUGGCCAUGACUGUCUGCAUAUAUGCCCUCCUCAAGUUCCUGCAGGGAGGUGGUGCAGGUGCAUCGGGUUUUGUUAACAACCUGCGCUCCUUCAUGUGGAUUCGCGUCCAGCAAUAUACCAACCGACAGGUACAGAUCGAUCUCUUUGCUCAUCUCCACUGCCUUUCACUUCGCUGGCACCUGGGCAGGAAGACUGGGGAAGUUCUACGCAGUGUGGACCGUGGCACUAGCAGCAUCAACUCCUUGCUGAGCUACAUUGUUUUCAGCAUCUCCCCAACAAUUGCUGAUAUCAUCAUCGGCAUCGUCUACUUCACCACAAACUUCAAUGCUUGGUUUGGUCUCAUUGUCUUUGUUUGCAUGGUGCUGUACUUAACCAUAACCAUUGUGAUUACUGAAUGGAGAACAAAAUACAGGAGAGAAAUGAACACCAGGGACAAUGAAGCAAAGUCCAAGGCCGUUGACUCCUUGCUCAACUUUGAGACGGUGAAGUAUUACAAUGCUGAGAGUUACGAGGUGAACCGUUUCAAUGAUGCCAUACUGAAGUACCAGACGGCAGAAUGGAAAACGAGUGCCAGUCUCGCCCUUCUAAACCAAACACAGAACAUGAUCAUUGGCCUCGGACUGCUCACUGGAUCACUGCUCUGUGCCUACUUUGUCACAGAGAAAAAACUUCAGGUUGGUGACUUUGUCCUGUUUGGGACUUACAUUAUUCAGCUUUACACACCCCUCAACUGGUUUGGGACCUAUUACAGGAUGAUCCAGAGUUCAUUUAUAGACAUGGAGAAUAUGUUUGAGCUCUUCAGAGAGGAACAGGAGAUUACUGAUGACAUCAAUGCAGCAGAUCUAGCCUUCAAAGUUGGGAAGGUGGAGUUUGACAAAGUUUACUUCAAUUAUGUCGAUGGUAAGGAAAUCUUGCAUGACGUAUCAUUCACUGUUCCACCUGGACACACACUGGCCCUGGUUGGGCCCUCUGGAUCUGGGAAAAGCACCAUAAUCCGACUGCUGUUCCGAUUUUAUGAUGUCAAGGGAGGCUGCAUUAAAAUCGAUGGCCAAGACAUCUCAAAGGUGAAGCAGAGCUCUCUGCGCUCGCAUAUAGGGGUAGUGCCUCAGGACACUGUUCUCUUCAAUGACAACAUUAGAAACAACAUCCGGUAUGGCAAAGUGACUGCUAGUGAUGAGGACGUGGAGGAGGCAUCUCGAGCAGCUGAUAUUCAUGAGCGAAUAAUCACUUUCCCUGAAGGUUAUGAUACACAAGUGGGUGAAAGAGGACUGAAGCUCAGUGGAGGAGAGAAACAAAGAGUGGCAAUUGCCAGAACAAUCCUGAAGGCGCCUCAGAUCGUUCUUCUGGAUGAGGCUACUUCCGCUUUGGACACGCAAACCGAAAGGAACAUUCAAGCCUCCCUGGCCAAAGUGUGCGCCAACAGGACCACGAUUGUUGUGGCUCACAGGUUGUCGACGGUGAUCAAUGCAGAUCAGAUCCUGGUGCUUCAGAAUGGAAGGAUAGUAGAAAAAGGAAGGCACGAUGUGUUGCUUGCUAAAGGUGGUGCUUAUGCUGAGAUGUGGAUGAAACAGCAACAAGCUGAGUCGACUGAAUCAGCAUCUGACACAGAAACCAAAGACAAGAGCACUGAGAAACUGCAGCCACCCAGCAACAGGAAGAUCUGAAGGCAUUGGACUAAGCACCUGACCAGUGGUUAUUUCACCACAUGAAACCAUCAGUUUAUUGAGCAUGCUUGGCUAGCGUAGUGUGCCACACGAUUGUUUUCAUGUUGAAAAUAGUGGUAUUUGAACAUGGAGCCAGAUUCCCGUAGGUACAGAGUUUCUGAUAAUCCAUGAUGGGAAAGAUCUCAUCGAUUUUUCUUAGUUUUACACCUGUCAGAAAAAUUUAAGUGAUAGCCAAGUUCCUAAA